UCACACUCUUCUUCGCUGACCUCCAUUUUCCCAAAUCCAAACUCGCUUUCUCUGUCACUCACACAACCCAGGCUCCCUUAUCUUUCUCUCUCUGUGGAAAAUGGAGGAAGAAACUAAGUGCGUGCAGAUCGACGGCGAUGAAGGCGGGGACGAGUUCUACGAGAAGAUCGAAGCGCCCAAGUUCGUCGACUUCACCGAACCCGACCCUUACCGACCCGACGACCGCUACUGGUUCUGCAUGCGAGUUGGGUGUGAUCAAAAGCAUGAAGAAGAAUUAGACUCUGAAGCAGUCUACAAAAACUUUGUUCUUCGUGUCAUGGCAGCAAGAAGUCCUAAUGUAAGACACAGAAAAACACCAAGUUUGAAAUGCCCACUUACUGCUCCUGCAAAAUCUUCCAAGCCUAGAGUAUCAAGGUUGGCCCUGAUUUCUUCGUUCUCUCGUAAGAUGGUUGAUGUCAAAGAUAAAGCCAGACCUCUUCAAAAGAUCAGUGCAACCCCAAAUGUUAAGGCAAAGCAACCAUCUUCUGUGGCCAAAGCUCUCACUAGUCCAAGGAAUAGAAAACCCAUCUCAAAUCCAGACACAUUUCGAAGUGUUAGGAACCCCAAACUGAAAAAUGUUGCAGUGCCAAAGAAUAGGGUGGUGGCUAAAGCUCUGGUAUUUCACUCUCCAAAGAAGGCUGUAAGAACCAAAGUUUCUAAGGAAUGGGGUAGCCCUGUGGGAAAAAUGUGUUCAGCCAUGAAGAAACUUGAGAUCACCAGUGGAAAGAAACAUGUAUUGGGGUAUAAAAAGCCAUUGCCUUUAGAUACUUCAAGAAAACAAUUCAGAGGGCGGGAGGUUAAAAGCCGGGUUUUUGAUUCAUUGCAUUCCAACAAUUGCAAGGGCCAGGAAGCCAAAUCCAUGAAGAGAAAGAACAAGGAAACAGACUUGAGACAGUGUUGUGAUCCUGUGCCUCAUGAAGGGGUUAAUGACAACGAUACCACUGACAUGGAGGUUGAUGAAAAAUCAAGAAAUGGUACUCUUGAAGGGUUCUUCUUGUCAGUUACUGCUAAGAGUAGUGGAGUAAAUGGUGACGAGCAGUGUAUGGGCGCUGGAAAAACCUCAGAACCUCCACUAGGUGAGAAUCAAGUUGAAGUCCUAUCAGAGACCUCCAAAGGUGACCCUACCUCCUUGUCAAGUUCAAAAGACAGGGAUUCAGAAGAGAAUGAUGAUAAGGAGAAUGCCAAAGAUGGAAAUGGUCAUGUGGAGAAAAUAAAGUCAAGUUCAGAGAAGGCGAACACCGUUGAGAACAUGGACAAAGAUGAUGAUAAAGAAAAUGCUUUGGCCUCUGACAACCCAGAAAAUGAAAAUGAGGUAUUUGAGAGUGAUGAUAAAGAAAAUAAUAAAGCUUCUGAUGAGAACAGAGACCUGAAUCCUAAUGGUCACUCCAAGAGGAAAAAUCUGGGCAAGCAUGAUCCUUAUAAAAACUCACAAAAGGUCAAUCAAGCUCAAGAGAGGAAGAAAGAGAGCUCUACAUCUGCUGCCACCAAUGCUCAAGGGAUGAAGAAUAGGAAACCAAAGUCUACAAACCCUAAACCCUUUAGGUUUAGAACUGAUGAAAGAGGGAUGCUUAAGGAAGCAACUUCAGAGAAAAAAGUUCAUGCACCUCUUAAGGAAAUCACAUUAGUCAAGCUCCCAGGUGCAAAGCCAAUAAAUAAACAGAAUGUGAUACAGAUGACUAAAAUCUGCCUUGGACAAAGUGAUAAUGAGAAUGAUACCCAAGGAGGUAGUGAAAAGAGAUUUGACAGAAGAACACGACUAGAUGAAAAUGGAAAGAAAGGAGCUAAGAAGACUUCAAAAAGAAACUUCGAAAGAAAUUUGUCUUUAGUAACUCCGCAAAAUGAACCUGGCCUGGACAGAAUACAAAAACUAGAUAAGGAAAGCACUAAAUCACCAAUGGUGCAGAAAAAAUUUGUGAGACCAAGAGGGGUAGAUUCAACUGGGAGGAAGGCAAUGGUUUCCCCCAAGACACCUUGUCAACUCAGUGUAAUAAAGGAAACCUCGUGGACAAAUAUUAGGCCCAAGAAAGCAGCAAACCCAUGCAGUGCUUCUCCAGCAACCAAUUGCACCACUUCCAGGUCAUUGUCAAGGGGAAGAAGGCCUGCAACCAUCCCAAAAGAGCCACACUUUCACAGUAUUCACGUACCAAAGAGCUGCACGGGGCUGCACAAGGAAAAUGAGUUAAUGGAUGCCCAACAAAACUAACUUAUUUUCUUCUGUUGUAUGGUAUCUUCUUGUUUGUUCAAUAACAUCAUUGAAUUGUAUUUGCUUGCUUAUAUGUAUUCUGGUUGUUAGGCUUGGGGGGGCGUACUGAAACAUGAGAGGAUUGAAUUGUAUAUUUAUUCAUUUAAAGGGCAGAGGCAAUAUAUACUUGCCCUUUAAUCAAACAUAAG